AUGUCGCGGCGGCCCAAUCCCGCCGCUGAUCGCGCUGAGCAGAACCGCGCAACACUCAAGAACCUCGUCAAGCUCCAAGGCAACAAGACAUGCUCCGACUGCAAGAGGAACAAGCACCCACGAUGGGCCAGCUGGAACCUCGGUGUCUUCAUAUGCAUCCGCUGCUCAGGCAUUCACCGCGGCAUGGGCACCCACAUCUCCAAGGUCAAGUCGGUCGACCUCGACACCUGGACGGAUGAGCAGCUGCAGAGCGUGCUGAGGUGGGGCAACGCCCGGGCGAACAAGUACUGGGAAGCCAAGCUGGCACCCGGCCAUGUGCCUUCGGAGGCCAAGAUCGAGAACUUCAUCCGCACAAAGUACGAGUCCAAGCGCUGGGUCAUGGACGGGCCCAUGCCAGAUCCAUCGCAAUUGGGCGACGACGACGACGACGACGAUCUGCCGCUGUCCAAGGUGCAGGAGAAGAUCCAGGUUGAACGAUCGGCCUCGCAACGUCUGGCUGGCAACGCCGCAGCCUCGCGACCACCGCCUCCUCCGCACGCGAAGCCGGCCCCGGCGAUCGACCUCUUCGGCGACGCCACACCGGCCCCUCCACGAUCGAGCACUGGGCCGCCAGCGGCAACAAGGGCACCACCACCAAAGGCAGAGGCCGCCCCUCCCAAACAAACCAAGGCUGGCGACUCGCUGCUGGGCUUGGACUUUCUGGGAGGCAGCUCGGCACCGCCAGCGAGGCCAUCCAGCACCGGUCCAGCAGGUGCCUCCGCUGCCCCGUCGAGACCAGACCUCAAGCAGUCGAUCCUGUCUCUGUACGCCUCGACACCCAAGCCCGCAGCACAGCCACAGCCACAGCCACAUCAACAGCAACAGCCACAUCAACAGCAACAGCAACAGCAACAGCAACAGCAACAGCCACAUCAACAGCAACAGCAACAGCAACAGCAACACGCACGGCAAGAGUCGCUCGGUGGUCUUGCAUCGCCUCCAUCUCAGUCAGCCUUUGGCGGCAUCAACGACGCUUUUGGCAGCCUGUCCUUCAACGCCGCGCCGGCGCCCAAGCCCUCGCCCUUCUCCGGACUCGACGCCUUCUCCAGCACAAGGCCGCCCGCGUCCACAUCGUCCUCGAACAUGUUUGGUGGCGGCGGCAACUUCUUCGACGCAAAGCCCACCUCCCCCCCUGUCCAGAAGCGCACCACAAGCCCCUCAAGCGGCCUCGCCAACUACUCGUCGUUCAACACGCCCGCACCCUCCAAGCCCGCAGCCUCGUCCUCUGGCAUGGGCGACCUCGUCGACCUCUCGAUGCCUUCCGCGCCUGCGCCCGCGCCCGCGUCCGCUCCGCAGCGAACGUUCUCGCCCGUCUCCUCACCACCGCCCGCAUCUUCUGCCUUCCACCUGUCUCAGCCUGCUGCACCAGCAGCGCCGAAGCCCAGCCAGCCGGCUGUGAACUACGGCAACAUGGAUGCGUGGGGCAGCAACGACGUCUGGUCGUCCAACGCACCCGGCCAGCCCGCUGCACCCGCUGCACCCGCUGCCACCACAUCGCACGUGCCGGCCAAGAGUCCUGGGUGGGGCGGCGACGACGACUUUGGCGGCUGGAGCAGCGCCGCGCCCACAACGACAACCACGACAAACACCGCGACGAGCUCGAGCAAGCCUGCAGGAGGAUUUGGGGGCGGAAGCGAUGACCUGUUCUCCAACGUCUGGGAGUAG